AUGCCGUGGUUCUUCCCUUGGUCGGACUUUAUAAAGAAAAGGGCCUGUAGAUACCUAUUACAGCACUAUCUCGGCCAUUUUCUGCAAGAGAAACUCACGUUAGAUCAGUUAACUGUCGAUCUUUACAAUGGCACCGGAAGAGUAGACAAAGUCCCAUUAGACGUUUGGGUGAGUAAAGUUAAUUUUCAAUGCUAAAGGAACAAAGGAAGAUUGCUUCGUGCUUUCUAGUUUAAAGAUUUUGAAUAGAAAACUGCUCAUCGCGGUCCGAAGCGAAAUAAAUGGAAGGUAUUCUUAGCAUCGCAGUUAGAAAUCAUUUCCAAUUUUUGGUACAAUGUAGUAUUUUAGAAUUACACGAAUUGUUCUAGACUGUGAAAUGUUUUGUAAUGUGUCGAAGUUCUCAGUUUGUGGCUUUGAAAUCGAACGUUAUGAUUAUUUGCAAAAAAUGUUUUUUUUUUUUCAUUUGUGUGCCAUUUUGUUAGGUUUGAAUGGAAUCGAGCCAAAGGCGUUAGGUGAUAUUGACACAGAUGUUUGUGUGUGAUUUACUUGUAAUUUUUUUCAUACAAACAUAAUAUGUUUUAGAACUUGUGGCAUAGUUUUACAGCCAUCAUUGAAAGUGAUAUUUCAGAUUUUACCUACUUUAUUUUUGCAAAGUUCUUAAUAGGAAUUAAUACAUUUUGAUUAAAUUUUAAUGGCAUUUGAUGCUUGAUUGUCUGUACUGAGAUUGUGGUCAAAAUAACUUAAAAUGCUGGGUAAAACUCGGGUCAGUUGUCCAUCUUUAUGAGUGCUAUGGAUCCAAUGGUGGAUGUGCUGUUAAAUAUUGUUAAAGCUUCAUGUAGUCCUCUGUUCAGUGUUGCUCAAAAGAAAGUCUCACAAGUGCGGUGACUUCCUGGGUCAUAUUGCUUUCUAUAAAUUAUAAUGCUGUGGAUAAUUUUUUUUGUAUUGGUGAAAAGUCAAAUGAAUUGAUGACAAUGGAAAAGUAAAAAUUAAUUGAGCAUAACUCUUUGAUAACAGGGAAAUGUUGUAACAUUAAUGUUCACUUUGCAAAAGUACUGUAAACAAUCAUGUAUAAGCGGCAUCCGUAGAUAAGCUGCACCCUGAUCUGGAAGCGCAGAAUUUGGGAAAAAUAAAAACAAUACUGUUUGAAGUUUCAGUAGAGUUGUAUUGCUACAAACAAUCAAGGUUUCGAAACACUGACAUAGAAGUUGUGGCUAUCUUUCACAUUUAUCAAGUCUAAAGAAAGCAAAGAAAGUUGUACCUUCUUUUUCAUUGGAAUUUACACAAUCUUUAACUUAAAAUUCUCUUUCGAUCUGAUUUGUCAAGAUUAUCACUUCGAAACAUGCCAUAAAGUUGAAAUUCCUUCGGCAUUGAAAAAAACAAACAAACAAGUGCCUAGUAGCCAAGCUUUAAAUGUUGAGAGGAGUCUGGGCCUUUCGACUCAGCUGUUUGGGGAUACCACGUGUAAGAAGAUGUUUGGAAACCCGCAAUAGGUGAAAAACUUCAUGCAGAACAGGAGCCUGAUAAUGCAGUCGACAAAUUUGCCAUGAAGGUAGUAAAAAACAACAAGAGAUUUCUUGUAGGUUGGUGUUUAGUUGUUCGAGUGAAGCGAAAAUUAAUCGCAAGAACUCUUGGAGAGCAAGAUUCACCGAUAAACACUCGAAGACACAAACGGCUCCUUUAGGAGCCACCACUCAAUGAAAAAGUCAAUGAACUACAGCAACACGCUCUCAGUUUCUUUUAUUUUUAUUUCUUGGCAUCUUAAGAAGUUUUAUGAAUAUUAAUUAGGUUUUUGAGAACUCCAAACACAGAUGUAUCCAUGGAUAAGCUGCACCCUUGAUUUUUGGCUUCAAUUUUUACUUGUUAUCAACAUAUGCCAUGUAGUUCUGAUGAGCUUUUAAAAUUUCUAGGUCCAAAUAAAAGGUGAUAAAAUUUUCAUAAGACUUAAGACAGUGCUCUUCUUUUUAGGCUGUGAACAGUAUUAUAAUUAUAUCUUUUGGUUAGUAUGUGUGUUAGUGGGCCUUGUUUCACUGUAUGACCCAUUGAAUUCAAAAGUUUGUUUAUUUGAAAUCUUCUCCCUUCUAUUUGAUCCGAGAGAUAUAAUUAACAGUUACUUACUAACUUAGUUACUAACCUCAUGUGCUUGGUUCAUACUGUGAGUUACAGAACCUUGUUUUUGAAGCCAUAAAUCCAAGCAGGGAAAAACUUGGUCUGUAACUUACAGUACAGAUCUUGAAUUGUGUUGGUAAGAGAUAUAAAUCUACUAACUGAAAUGCCUCUCAAUACUGCCUAAAAUGGCUAGGAAUUCUUGAAAAAUCCAACAGGUUGAAAAUUUAUUUUACUUGAUGUGGUUAAAAUAAUGGAGAGCACUAUUUGCUCAAACUUGAAAUGUUAAAUUAAUUAAAAGUAAUGUGGCUUCUUUAAGCAAAAUUUAUGGCUGGAAUAUUUUCUGAUGUUUUUGUGUUUACUGUGAAUCUUGUUUGUUCUUUAAUUUUUUUGGGUUGCCUAACAUUUGUCUGUGUUUGUUGAGGGUGAUUAAAUUGUAGUGCAGGCUAAUUCAAUUAGAUAUUGAUUUUUUUGUGCUGUGUUUCCUUAAUUUCAGUCAGUGAAUGAAAUGCUAGACAAUGCUGGAAUACCACUGGAGAUCAUUGAUGGGUUUAUUGGAAGCAUUUCAGUGUCUGUUCCUUGGACAGCUCUUCUUAGUGAAAGCUGUUGUAUGGACAUCCAAGGUCUUGAAGUUACUAUCAUGCCCAGACAGAGAGUAGAUACAGGUAUUCUGAGCUAUAUUUAUCAGUUGAGUUUGGUGCAGUGGUGAGAGUGCUUACCUUCCUCCACCGUGGCCUGGGUUUGAUUCCCAGACCUGCUGUUGAGUUUGUUGUGGGUUCUUGUCCUCGUUGUAAGGUUUCUUUUUGAGUGUGAAUUCUUUGUAAAUGUUACAGGAGCAAAAUCCAAAUUUUUUUUCCAAUAGGAGGAAGUAUGACUGAUUCAAUGAUCUUCAAUGCAAUGACUACAAGUAUGCAACUGGCUCAGGAGUGCCUAAAGGAAAGUCCGUCCAGUGGGGAAGAACAAGCUGAAGCUAGCCAACCCUUUGAGGGUUUAGAGUCCUUUGCACAAACUAUAGAGUCUGGUGAGUUGUUUUUACUCAACCUUAUUUUUUCUUGUGAAUCACUUGGGUAAGUUUUUCAUAAGAGAAGCUGCAGUGGUGCUGUGACGGUGAGUGGUAUUAUGAACAACGUAAUUUGGUUCUAUCAACUGAGUUGAUAAUGUGAAUUGACCACCAUAAAGAGAUUCUAAAGCUGACUUUUCAAACAACAGCCCUUUGUCAGAAUGCAUCAGUUCACUCCAACCAUCUUCUUUAGAAACUCUCUACAGUGGCCAAUUGUUUUUAGUUAUCAACUCAGUUGAUGAAACCAAAUCAUCUAUUUUCUUGCAUGAAGCCUUUUGCAAAUGUCUCAGUUAUUUUUGUACAGUUACGAAUGAAUAAUAUUGUCACAGUGAAAGCAAUCCUUUUUUUUCUGUAUACUGACAAACAUUUUUCUCUCCCUUGGUCACAGUGUUAGCAAGAGUGAAAUUGUCUUUCACAGACACAGUAAUUAGAUUUGAGCAUUUACCCAAAGACACAGUGACAGGAAUAGGAUUAGAAAUACACAUUAAAAGGUACAAACACAUCGCUCACUUUGGAAUUGUAAUGGAUGAGUUUUAUAUUGUUAGUGUUGUUGUUGAUUCUUUGAAAUAUUUUUAAUCGGCAAUGUCAACCCCAUUUGCAGAAUUGAUUAUCUAGAUCUCUCUACGGAGCUGGCUGAGGAGAAUAGUCACUUUAAAGCCAAGAGUGUUUAUGAACCUGCUGCUUGUGCAUGCAAAAACCUCAAGAUCUUUGGAGUUUCUGUCCAUCUUGAUGAAUUUCCAGAGGAGUCAAGAACAGUGUCUCAAGUCCCUGACUUCUCUCAUUCACCCCCACCCUCCCUUAUUAGCGGGUCAUGCUCUCCGCUUCUCCAUGACCCAUCAAAUCCUCUUGGAAGACUCUCAUUAUCAGCAGAUCAGAUCAGCAAACCUUCACUCUCAGGGAGCUUAUUGCCACAAAUUAAGAUUGUGACAUUUGCUGGUCACUCUGAGAUCAAACUGAAACUGAAACAGAAUGUCACUGUGCCAGGACCAAAGGUUAGUGUAUGACGAUGGAAAAUGAAUUUUACUCUACACCUUUGUCAGCUCUUAAAAUUAAUGCAUUGCACUCUACACUGUACCAUUGAAUAUGAAAGUGAUGUUCACAGCAAUGAACUGAGGUCAAGGCAUUGUACAAUUAGUGUAUGAUGACUAGAUUUUAAGUUUUUAUGUACCACUAGUCACUGUCUAAUCUAAAACUUAAUAAUAAGUGUACUGUUUAAUUACCAUACAAGUAUGACAACAGAAUUUUAGUUUUAAUGCACCAUUGCAAUAAUAGUAUUGUGCAAUUCUUGAUCUAAACAAUAUGUGUAACAUUUCAGUUCUAUGUAUCCACUGUAAAGUUUAAGAAUAAACAAUUAUGGAACUCUAUGUACAAUUACUAUUAAUAUGAUUAUGACCAAAUUGAUGUAAUACACAGUAAUGGUAAAAUUAUGAAAGAACUGCAGUUCCUAUUUACCACUUUCAAGUCUAAAAAAAGCAAAUAAGUUGAUAAAAUUCUUGAUCUUGUAUACCAUUGUCACAUUUAAAAAUAGGCAAUAAAUUAAUUGUGAUAUACCAUUGAUAGAAACAAUUACUCUGUUAUUAUGACAGGACUUUAGUUUCUAAUUAGUUAACCCUUCGACCCUAAGAGUGACUAGCAUCUAAUUUCUCCUUACAAUAUCAUCACAGAAUCAUGUAUAAGGUCAUGAGAUUAAAGGAAAUGAUCACCAAACUAAACAAGAUCUUGAUUUUUAAACAAAUUCUCCUUCUCAGCACUUGAGCAAAUGUCUGGAGAACAGUAGGGAGAAUACAAAUACUGAUGUUAGGGUGUAAAGGGAUCACUUAGGUUCAGUUUCCAAACCCCCCCUCCCUUGACCAUAAAGUUGUAAAUUUAAAGAGGUGUAGGGAAUCAGUAUGGGAGAUUUACAGCAUAUGAUUUAAAUGUUGUUGGAACUAUUAGCUGCAUGACUCUGCAAAGUAGUGUCUUUUUAUGGACACUGUCUUUGCUUGGGGUUAGUAGUCUUGGAUAUCAUCAAGCACUGACAUCAUUUCCAGCGCUAUUGUUAUAUACUUCAAAGUGGUUAUCAUGAUGGUUAAUUUUUGUUUCGUUAGGUGGAUGUUGAAUGUUUUGUUGGAACAAUGAAUGUUUUCUUGUCACCCAAACAACUUCAUCUGCUCUUAGAACUUUGCAGUGGAUUUUCUUCUCCAGGUAAGUUACAGAAAAGCAAACAAGCACAUAUAUGUAAUAAGCAGACAGACAUACAAGAAGAUUAAAACAAGUUUGAGGUAAUUUGUAGGCAGAUAAAUACAGUGAUAUGAGUAUAACUUGCAGAUAAUUUAUAGUAAUUUAAUUUUCUGUCACUUUCAUUGAUAAAUUUUUCUUCUUUAGUUGCUGUGAUGAACACCUUCAGGACUGAUAUUGGAAAAUAGAACAAUGGAAUAAAAAGGUGCUUUUGUUUUCCUUUCAGAUGUGUCCAGCCAUACUUCUGACAAAGGCCAUGGUGUCAACAAACCCAUGCAACCAGAGGACUACCAGAAAGUUGAACAAGACUUGCAGAACCAAAUGACGUCCACAAGACAGCAGGAGCAGAGACAGCGACAAGGGCGGCAACGUGUAGACUCCUGGAACUUCUCCUUUGACUCUGCCAUGGUAAAUGAUACACCUCCACAUUACUCCUCAGGUGCCGAUUAUGACAGCAUCCUUGGAGAGGAGGGAGAGGAUACAUUUUAUUCCAUGUCAUCCAAUCAUGAUGUGCUACCUCCUCUGGAAGAACCAGUCUUACCAGCUGACAUGCUGCCGGUAAAAUCGUCGGGAAGUUUGCUACAUUCAGCAGAGUUUUCAUCGUUAGGAACUCUGGGUAGUGUGCAGUCUUCCCAGAAUAACUUGAUGAACUCUUUAGGAUGUGAUAAGAGAUUCAUGAGCCACAAAACACAAAUACCAGGUGAGCUUAUGAUACAAUAUAAAUGACAGCAUCGUUUGUACAAGAAAGGAGAUGCCAUGAUUAUAUAUGUGUAUACCUCACAGCUAGGAAAUUAUCUAACCCUUUACAUCCUAAUAUCACCAUGCAUAUUCUCUGUACUGAUCUCUCUAAUAAUUUUAAUAAUGAUAAUGAUAAUAAUAAUAAUAAUAAUAAUUAUUGGAAUAUAUUUAGUAAUAGUGAUGAUGAUGAUGACGAUGAUAAUAAUUAUGAUUAUGUCAUUUCAUUAUUUUGGAACCUAUCAGAAAGCUCGAUUAAAGAUGAAUAAGCUUAAAGUUUGUUAAAGAACUGUUUGAUGUUUUUAUUCUAAUAUGUUCACUCCAGGUACCUCUCUAGCAGAAGCUGCCAAUACAGUUUUUGUUCGUGCAAAACAAACCGUACUUGUUCCAGAUAGUACUAGUAGUAAGUAAAUCAUGAGUUUGUAUGUGAAUUUGUAGUCUCCUUGCUUCAGGCUAAAUUUGGAAGGGUCAACUUUGUCUUUUUUGAAUUCUCUAAAUUGUUGUUUUCGCACAAAUGCAUUAACAUUCAAAAAGCCAUUAUAGCAAUUAACUCUGGCCACAUUUUGGGUUUUAAGUUUCCGUCCUUCCCUCAAAUUAACACCCCAUGACAUUUCUGAAGUUGAAGUAAAUGUGCUAGGCAUCAAUCAAUCCAAGGAUUUACAGUUGUAAUUGGAAGCAAACUUAGUGUAGUCCUAUUACCAGUGGUCUAAUAGCAUUGUUUGGUGUAUCAAGUUCAAAUGUGUAUUAUACACAACUCUUUUUUUAGACACCCCUCAAAGCAAUGUUUCAAGACGAAGUCUGUCUUCAUCAAGCAAUCCUGGUCUUGCUGGAAUAGCAGCCUUGGAUGACCCCUGUCCAGAUGUGACUAAGGUAUGUCUGAAGCUCUCCAGUGUGGCUGUGACAGUGCUUCACAUUGACCCAGUGCUGUCUCCAGUGCCUGACGCAGGGGGCAGUCCUUCUGGUGAUGAUAGCAGUCAGAUUCAUCCAUUGUCCCAAAUGGCUGAAAAGUUUUUCGCUGGUAUUGGCACUUAUGGAUUUGGAGGGAAGGACUUUGAGGAUAUGGCUGCAAAAUUUACAUCAGCAUGCUGUGCAGACCAUCUGAGGUAUGUGUCAUGUGGUUUCAUAAAUGUUUAACAGGGCUUCAAGCUCACAAUGAUUCAGAGUGGCCAUUUGGCAACCGCAAAUCAUAAAAAGGUUGCUAGAGGCAAACUUUUGAUGGGCAGAAAAAAAAAUGGCAAAGGACACUUUGUGCAAUAUCCUGCAACAGUUAUUAUUUAUUGCUUGUGUAGAAAUUUUCUGACCUUGUAUUUAUCCUUAAGAUGCAUGGUUGCUCCACUGUCGUUUGAGUUUGAAAGAGUGGUUAAUAGCUCACAUCAGACUGGAAAUGGUGAACUGUCUGCAGGGAAACUGGAGCUAACUGAGUAUCUGUUUGAGCGUUCAUCUUCUUCAACAUCUACUCCAAUGCCUUAUUCCUCUACACAGGUAAAUACAGUCAAUUUUCUCUUUAGUGAACCCUUUAACUCCCAUAAGUGACCAAGAGAGAAUUUCUCCAUACCAUUUCAAUACAAUUUCAACUAAACAAGUGAUGAAAAUAAAGAAAAAUAUCAAUUUGGGGAUUAUUAGUUGAUCCAAUACUAAAUUCUCUGAACUAACAGAAUAAGAAUUGUAUGGUUGACAGUAAGGAGAAUUACAAAUUUGAUCUGGGAGUUAGAGAGUUACACAACCACUCUGUUAACCCUUUCACUCCCAAAAUCUCAUUAGUUAUUCUCCUUACACUCUUUCAUGCAAUAUGUAGGAAGUUAGUUUGGAGAUUUUGGUAUUGGAUCAACUAAUUAUCUCCCAAUUGAUAUUUUAAUUUAUUCUCAUCACUUUUCUGCUUGAUAUUGUAUUGGUGUAGUAUGGAGAAAUUCUGUCUUAGUCACCCUUAGUUUACUCUUUGAAAUCACCUCCUAGAUUUACUAUUUUCGAUUUUUGCUGUUGUUGAGAAUGACUUUGUAACAGGCCUCUGAUAAUUCUUUGUUCUAUUUUGUUUCUCACACAGAUGUGUAGUAAAGUUGCUUUUUGUUCUCUUUCAGUUGCUGAAGUCGUUUUCUAGUGAUAGUCAAACCACACCAUAUAUUGGGAUGAAUCCAACAUUUUCCCGUCCCUGCUUGAGGAUUAAAUACAGAAGCACACAAAGAACAACGUCUCCAGUGAGUGAACUCAGUCCUCUUGCAAUUAUGGUUUUUGUAUAAAUUAUUUUUCAGCUGCAUUGUAUAUUUUCUAUCCCUGCACUGACUAAGAGUGACUAGCAUCUAAUUUCUCCCUGUAUUUUCACCCCUGAAUCACACAUUAAGGUCACAAGAAUGAAGGAAAUGAUCACCAAGUAAAGGAGCUCUUGAUUGUUAAAAAAAGUUCUCCUUGUCAGCACCAAGAGAAAUGUAGAGAACGGUUUGGAGAAUAUGCAUACCGAUGUUAGGGUGAUAGCGCCAACUUUACGUAAGAGCACAUUCACCAGUACCCCCCUCUCCAUAAAAAAAUUAAGACACAUCUGGAAAAAAACGUUGGCAGUCUUAAAUCGUAUCCCACCCCUCUCCUCUCCCAUGAGAUGUAGCUGGUGUGUAAGACAUUGUGACAACUUUGAUGAAAGUUUCCUCUGCAAUUUCUAGGGGGUUGUUCAAGGUCGCAACAUUGUAUUGCCCAAACUGGAUUUAUCUUUGGAGCUUGGUGGAUUUCUUUGUGAACUGGACGUCUCCAUUGUUGACAGACUGACCGCACUGUUAAACCCACAACCAGUCUUCAUGAACCAUCCCUCCAACAUGCAGUCCCACGUGUUUAAAUCCUGCAAUCCAUCAGUUGUGGUAUGUUGCUACUAAGCCCCUACUUGUGCUCAGAUUUAUCAACGACAAACUUUUCAGAGAAAGAUGUUUUUCGUCUUGUGACGAGCGUGAGACAAAGAAAAAUUCUGCUCAUGGGGAAUCUUUGUCCCACGCUCGUGACAAGACGAAAAACAUUUUCUCUAUUUCUUGACCGAGCUCAGAACUUACCAUCUUCCUUAUUCUACUUGCAGACAAUUUUAUGUGCGCUUCACCUCAUUUUGGUAAUAAGAGAAAUUUAAAAAUUAUCUGUUCAUGCUACCUUACCUCUGUUCAGCAAAAGCUUACAGAUGAUGUCAAAAUGUGGUUAGAACAAAAAAGUGACACACAAGUUGCAGCAGAGUGUGUCACUGGUGUUCUUACCACAUUUUGACGUUGUCUGUGAUUUAUUACUGUACAGACCUAUGGUAACUUUGACUCUGUUUUUUAAGAUGAAGAAGCAAAAUGCUGUAAUUAGUGACGUCAUCUAUGCAUCUGUCUUCCCAUAGAUCAUAUAUAAGAUCUAAUCAAAACGCGUGGUGCAUGAUUUAGCUUAGCAUACAAAUUUAUAUAACAUUCUUUUUACGUGAGAUUUCACCUUCUGUCAGUGGUAACAUUCUAUACUGACUUUAAAGAUUAUGUUGUGUUCUUUGCAGAACCAGCAGGCUGUGUUUACUCAAGCCAUGGAUGACACUCCCUCAGUAGAACAGCCUUUUAACAUUAACCUCACUUGCCCUUCACUAACACUAGUCGUAAGGUGAGCUCUUCAGUAAGGCAAGCAGAGGAAGCAUUUAUUCAAACAAAAUAAUAUUGUUUUCAACUCUUAAUUGGGAAAUCCAGGAAAGUUACUUAACUUUGGUAGCUGGAGGUUUUGUGAGCGCUAAGUGAUGAAAUGCAAAGCUACAUGCGAGAUCUUUCGUCCCAAGCCUCUCGUGGCUCAUGGCUUGAGCGCGAACGGAAACGAUAGAUACACCUCUACACAGGCUUAAAGCUAGUAAUGGGGAUUAUUAUUUUUUGACACUCAACCGUGGACUACUUUCAACAGUAAAAAUUCAGGAUUUCUGCUUCGACCAGUCAUGUGUUCAAGGGUAAAAAAUCUAAUUUUAACUAAGGCAAGUCUGUUGAUGCAUUCAAGUCAUCUGAUAUGAAAUAUUUUGUUCUGUGUUAUCAUUUAAGAGUUCCAAUUCCUGAUUUACGGCCAGCUGUGGACCGACGACCUUGGUGGCAAAAAUCCUUGAGAAAGGAGCGUUUCAUAUUUGACUUCUCAGCUGUUGAAUUCAGUACAUUGUAUUCUGGCUCAGAAAGCUCUUGCCAGUACGAUUUCAGUUUUAAAGAAUUAGAAGGUAUAGAUGUUUUCUGAUAUAUGCAACACUUGAAAUACGGUCACCUCUGUAUGCACCUAUCAACUAAGAGGGAGCACCACAAGGAAAAACUAUUUGGCUCGAUGUCAAACUAGUUAUUUGAAGACCGGAGUAAUGUAGCGGCUUCGCAUUACUCUGCAAGUGUCGUGCGUCGUUAAACCCGCCCAAUAAUUUGCAUUUAGAUCGAUCUUUGCAUGUUGGUUGAAGCACAUGAUUUUUAAAGAGAAUAAUUACAUUCUACUGCAAGGAAACGAGUUGGAAGAUUUGGGGGCGAAUUGGCAGGAGAGUGAACUCGCAAAGGUGGUAGGGGGCGAAACAUCCAUAAACCCGUGCGAAAAAGGAGGUUAUUGUAAUUAGGAUGUCACAAACUCAUCUUGAUUUCUUUCUUUCUUCCUCUUUAUCCUUUUUUUUUUGCAUUCAAAAAGGUUAUUUCCAGGAGGAUACAAGCAGUGGUAAAAUGCCAGUUAUUCGUGUAACACAUUGUCAGUCGGACAAUGAGACAGGGAGUGGAGAGUUUGGUCGGCCAAGGUAAUUCUUGAUUAUCGUUCUAUGAGAUGUUUGGAAGUCUUGCAUACAAGUUAAGAGGCCCGCUUCAUAUUUCAUGUUAUCUGUCAGAAUACCGGUACUUCAGUGAAGGGGUGGUCGAGGGGGGGGAAGGAGGGGUGGUGGUCUGGAUAUAUUCUCUCCCUUCAGACCUUUAGGUUUUUUCGCCAUCUGUCUGACACCAAACUUCUUGCUUUAAGAAGAUAGUGUCUUUAUGCUCCAUAAGGAGUCUUUGAAAUUUGCUUAUCUCGAAAUAUUUCCUAGCUUGGGUAGGCUACAUAGCGUAAGAGCAAAAUGUAUUUUUUUUUAUUGAAGCAAAGUGUGGACUUCACCCCCUUUCCCUCUUCAAGAAUUCUGGGAUCCGUCCCUGUACUGUCACGAGUGAAUUAUCGGUAUAAGAUCGCUAUAGGCAGAAGGGAAGGCCAAUAGUUGAAUGGCUGUGGGACUUAGUACCUAGGUUAAAAAAUUACCAUUUUUUUUCUCCUAAGAAUUGUGAUAACAGUCCAGCCCCCGGCUCCACUAUCAGCUUUGGAGGAAGUUCCGUCCUCAGAUAACUCGCCUCUCAGUUCUCUCGAUGCGUAUCCUGUGAUGAAAGCUGAGCCGUCGCCAUUCUCCUCUAGACCUGUUAUGUUUGAGACAGAGGAGGUAAGUAGUAAUAGCAGUGUGUGUACAUUUUUGGUGCUAACGGUAUACAAAUGAAUGACUGUCAAUGUAGGAAAAUCAUUUCAUGUGAACUGCGAAUUAUUAAGUAAAUGAGAUUGAUGAUCGUGUCUUUCUCAUAUUCAUGCGCAGUUCACACAUACGAUUGUUACAUAUAUUUACAGUGCUUAAUGUUCAUCACUUCAUGUGUUUCUAACGAACCAACAAAAUGACCAGCUCCCAGUUGGCUUGUUAGCUCGGUUGGUAGAGCACUGCACCGGUAUCGCUAUUGCCUAGGUAAUGUUCAUGACUGCAAAGAGUACUUUCAUAUUCAGGUAUGCAAAUAGUUAUUCAAGAGCUUGGCUAUGAAAUGAAGCUUCAUCCUCAAUGAUUCUUCAAUCAGGUUUUUUUUUUCCUUUUUAGCUGCUAAUGCCUGGCUCACAAGAGGAAAUGAGAAAAUUCCAAGAGGACACUGUGGCAACUUCAAGAGUACAUGUGGAAUGCUCCUUUUCAAGGUUUGAUGUGAACUUGCACACGAAGGAUGUGUUUGAGAACAUCUAUAACAGGUGAUUUAAGCUAACAUAUACUGGCAAUUGAGAACUGUAAAGAUUUUUCCCUAUUCCGUGCUUGGAUAAAACAUCAGAGAUAUAGAAGGUCAGAUCUCUCAACCCUGCGAAAUGGUUCCACCACAAGCUUUUGGUGUCACUACGUAUCUGAGCUUUACGGCUAACUUGAAGCAUUACUGAGUUGUUUCUCGGGAAAUUUAGAUCUUAAAUUGCGUCGGCCUCUCAUAAGUGGUGUUAUGACACAGCUGGCAUUUUUUUUCGCAAGCAGAAAGUUGGUAAACUCGAGCACGCAAGAUGAAUUCAUCUUGCCCUCUUAGUGAGCAAUUCCGAGUUUGCGUUAUAUCUUAUUAGCUAACGGAGUGAGUCAUAGUUACCAUGAUUUAGAAGGCUCUUUUUUGUGCCUUUUCUUUAAUUUCAGCUUGCUUAUAAGGAUCAUAUCUUUAUUUGUUUAUCAUUGCAGGUCAAAAAUGUUAUUCAUUUCAUUCAAUUGUGCUCAGAAACCAUUAUGUAAAUGAAGAACCCACUAAAAUUUGGCUCGCUCUUAAAAUGUGGAUUCGUAGCCCUGUUGGUAGUAAGGGGUUUCCGAAUUUUUUUCAGGCUCUUCGUCUGGGAUUUCUUUAAUUGCCGCUUACCUGUGAUGAUCAUAUCUCUACUUGCUUUCCAUUCACAGGUCAAAUAUGUGAUUUAAUUCGUUUAAGUUUUAUCAUGUUUUAAUAGACUAUAUUGCAAGUUGCUUACUUCGGGCGCUCUCAGUCUAAUCAAAUUAAAAUGAAUCAGAGUAUGACAGCUCCCAAUUACUGUAAACACAGAAAUGUAGCUUUGUUGUUUUAUCUUAUUGCUAGGCUGGCCAGUGACCUUUUGCUAUGGGAACCCAUGGCGCCCUCGCCUACUGACCGGCCGGACCCGUUUAGUUUCAGUGUAAGCACAGGGUUGGAUUUGGCGAGUCAGAUGCUGCGGGCUCAAGGACCGGAUCGGUUUGUCAUGUGUCGAUCAGGGCUUCGGAGUUACGAUGAUGGUAAGGCGAAACUCGCUCUGGCAUGGCAUGGGUCGUUUAUAACGACGUGCAAAGUUCCUUUCAUGUUGAGAAUAGUCGAGGAUGGAAAAUAUUGAAACAGAUUUCAAAUGAAGAGCACAAAAAAUUAAGGCUAUAUUUUCAACCGAGAUACAAGUAACCAUACCGUUACGUAGUUCCUCUGAGGUGUACACCCCUAAGGAUUGUGCAUGCGUGGAUUGUUGUAAGUACUUUGGGUUGAAAAAUGAUAACUGUAAACAAUUACAGCUAGACGGGAGAAUAACCUUAUACUGAAUUUUAGGAGUUUAUAAGGGUCAAACAUCUUUUAAAACUUUUAAGUUAACUGUUUUUGCCACUCAGGGAAUCAUAUACUUCAUUCUUCUUUGGGCGGUCGAGUUGUUAUGCAUAUUAACCUAAGUGGGAAGAACGUUAUGACGGUUUGACAUAACAGACCCACCUUUUCUUCGUAUGCAGAUGCUUCUUCCUCCGACGAAGAAGACAGCAGCAAUUUCACAUCGCUGGAGAACAAGUACAAACGUGCAAAAUCCAACCCAAACGGACAGACAGCGUUUACUCUGACGCUUAGUGUGAACAAGGGUAGACUGGCAAUGUUUCCUAAGAGUGAGGUACGAUUUGCACGCAAGCAUGAGCAUUUUUCAAAAAUUUGUUUAAAGGUUCUAUGAAGUUUUGCAUUUUUUUUCUAGAUUUGGUCUCCAAGUGGAAGUUCCAAGGAUUUUAGCUCAUGUUCUGAGGAAGUGUUGGGAGAAAUAGCAGCCGAGUUUAAUGACGUCUCAUUCUUCGUAGCAGCUUGUUACAAGAGCCAAGCAGACCUUACCUAUCUGAGCCUGCAGUCGCAAAAGGUCGCUUUUCAGCACGCGCCUGUGGUUCCACAGGCAUCCCAUGAGUCUAUGGAGUCUGCGUUUAGUGGAGCUGAGCUCCAGUCUACCCUCUAUCACACUGAACCUGGUGUGAGACAAGGUGAUGGGAGGACUGGUGAACCGAUGUUUGCGUUUGCCAUUAAAGUCUCUGCAGAUACUUCGAAGAACAUAAAGGUAAAAAAAAGACUGGUUUGUCUUAUAACCCUAUUUCACUGUACUGGCAGGAGAAAAUGUUACUUUCAAUUUUCCUUCUCUUUAUCGCCGGGGGGGGGGAGUCGCAUUUUGAAAAGAUUUUGAUUAUGUUACAAUAAAAUUUACCUGAUUUCCCCCCCCCCAGGUUCUGUAGUAUCUUAAUAUAUUACAGUAUAGUAUUCUGUAGUAUUCUAUUAUACUCUGUUAUCGAUGACUGAUUUCCCCUCCGUUCCCCCUUGAAAAUCAUGGGAAUUUCCCCCGAAUCCUCUGACCAUCCCCUCGCCUUCCAGGUUAUGAAUAAUGACUGAUCCCUUACUUCUGCUGUUUUUGAUAUUUUAGGAGAUUUUGUUCUCUCUUGGACUGCGUAGAAGCACUCUUCGCCACAGAAUGCUGGCUUCUAAACAGAUGUGGCUCACUCAGGUAUGCACUGUUACGUUUUUUAGGUUUCCAAUCCCUUUCUUCCAAAAGCGAUUCUUUAUUCACUCAACAACUGUGUUGAAAGUGAAAGAGAGUAGUGUAAAGCAGUUAACAGUUGUUUAAAAAAAACUUCAUUCUUUAUAGGUUCGCGAUUUUUUCGACGUGAAGGAUGAUCCAGUGCUGGGUUUCAUUCCCCCAGCGGUUGUAACAGUGUUCCAUACUCAUGUAUGGGAGGGGACCAUUGACUACAGGUGAGUGAAAUCUGCAGCAUUUUUGGAACCCGUCCAUUCCAUUCAUUCGUCGCUGUGUUAUUUUGUUGUUAUUUGUUGGUUGAGUGUAAUUUUUUAAUUUUUUUUUAUUUUUCAGGCCAAUUCACUUACCAUUACGGGUUCUUGUAACUAUGGGUACUUUCAGCGUGUCGAGUAACAUCACCAUCGAGUCUAAUGUUUCUCUUUUGAGGUAAGGAAACUUACUUGGUUUGUUCUCUUUAGCGAAAUUUUGUGAGCUUAAAACUACGACAUUUCAGCACUUAGGAAAAGGGUGAAAUUUUAGAUAACAGUGAAAAAAAAAAGCGACGUAAGCGACUUUGUAACUGCGUGUUUCCCAUCUGUUUCUAAAGCAGACUUUGCGAACGUUAGACCUUGGUCAGGGGCUCAGAGCGAACACACGAAACGUCAACCUCAGAGAAUCUCUAUAGUGGCCAAUUUGCAUCAUCAAUUCUGUUCAAAAGACAAAACUAACUUGAGUUGCCAGCUAAGGGUGUUUUCAACUGUGUUAUUGCGCUAAAGCGGGACCGGUUAUAUUUCGUUGAUUAGAUAAUUGAGUGAGUCAUUGAUCUGUAGACUACUUGACUGACUGAUUGUUUUUUUUUUUUUUUUCCUGACAGGUUUAUUAUCGAUGACGCAGCGUUAUAUCUCUCCGACAAAUGCAGUGGGGCUGCGAACAUCAGAAGUAGGUUCAAUCUGAAAUUUUUUUCUUCGUAGUUUCUUAUUUUUGUCUUUGGGUUUGUUUUGUUUUUACUUUUGGUUGCGUUGUUGUUAUUCACGUGAAGCUGAUUCAGGUGGUAUGAUUAUCUUUGUUCCAGACUACGUCUGUGUUCUCGAUCUCGGAAUGUUUGAACUCUCUUUAUUCACCAGUGAUGGUAGUGAACAGGUUAGAACAUUUUGCGUUUUUACUUAGCCGAACAAUUUUCAUUUAAAUGUCAAAAUAAUGUAGGAUUCAAUCGGUUUUGCUUCCUUCGCUUUGAGGUUUGUAUGGAACAACCUCCCUGUACUCUCAAUCAAUCAGAUACUUGUUAAUCGAGAUUUUAUCGUACGCAUUUUCGAAGAUGAUCACACAUAUAUUAAAUCUGCAUAAGCGCUCUAACCCUUGAGUAUCAAAUUAAAUUUUGCUGCGAUAUACAUUUAUUCAAACAAACUGCUGCGUCGCUUAAAUGGUCAGUCAAUCGCCCGGGAGAAUUCUGUCCCACAAAUGCCGAACAGAUCAUGAUUGAGCCUUUACUCCGCUACAAAACUGUUCAGGGCUACUGAAAAUUAAAUAUUUCUUAUCUAAUCGAGAAAUGCAGCCAUCACGAAGUUGCAACCGUCUUCGUGAGCCUGCUCUUGUAAGAUUGACCGCUGGUUGAGAGCGCCUACUGAGCUCAUAGUGGCACACUUUCCUAAAUUUUUAUCUAAUCAAACGAAAAUAGCUUCUAAAGAAGACGUUUUGAAACUCUUUUUUAACUCUGCAACGUUAAAGUUACUGAAGGAAAUCAUUAAAUAUCCAUUCAGGGUCACCCACAGUUAGAACUGCGCAUGUCCAACAACAUAGUCAAUGUCCGAACAUGCUCGGACUCAUGUUCCGCUCUGCUUCAACUGAUUCAGUACAUUGCAGCGGACGGGGAUCUGGUACCUAGCUACGAACCAGAAGUACCCGAUGCCACGAAAAACCCCCCGGUAAGUAGCAAAAUUGUCAAUCUUUUCAUUGUAGGAGAACUGCGUAAAGAGGUACUCAUUUCCGUUGCGUAGUAGAAUGUUGCGAGAGAAUUGCUCUUCUCUUCGCUCUCGUGUAUUAUUUGAACUUCUUGUUUUCAAGCUUCGUAGUUUUGUUCAUGUGACAUGUAUCCUUCGCAUGUAACCCGCAUACAUUUUUUUUAGACUCCAAGCCGCUGUCCAGCCGAGCCGCCAGUCAAGCAAGGGUCCAUAGAUGAGGGAGAACUGAGCAAUAUCAUGACCGAGGCCAUGGUGGAUAGUCGCUCUGAUGAAGAAACCCUACACGACAAGGUACUAUAAUUUAUUACAGAUUCAGUUCCACAGGAGUGUGUGUUCUGAUUCACAUUUGGGAGAAAUUUCUUCCUAUUGCAACUUACUGGCGUUAAAUCAGCGGUUUUGUUUGUUUGUUUGUUUGUUUAUGUCAGAGCGUCAAAGGCGAACUCAGUCAUCAGCUUUCCAGAUCACCAAGACGAGAUCUCUUCUUGUUCCCUGAUGACGAGCUGAGCAGCCCUGUGGAGGAGUAUUACCCCCCGGAAGAAACAAACGCAGAGUUACCAAAUCCGGGGGAGGUGGAGGAAGAAGAAGAGGAUAGUGAUGACGAUUUCUGUAUUCUGGAACACCCAGAUAAAGAACCUGAGGGUUUGAGUCAUGAAGUAAUCAUCAAACGCCUCAUAGAUGAACAAGUCAGCAUUGUGGAUAAUCAUUUUACUGUUCCCGUACGUAUUUUAUGACGAGGUUGUGUCCUGUGCAGUUGAACUAGCUCUUUCUGUUUCGCUCUGUUUCCGCGCAUAACUUUACUGAAUUGUACGUGAGGCAAAAUGUCAUAAGCUGGAAUAAUUCUUAACUUUUCCGCCUUGCAGGUUUAUUGCGAAAGUUAAGCUUGACUUCAUACUGGUUCUCGACAUUUCUUUAGCGUCAAAGAACAAGCUCUUGCAAGGAAUAGACGACAUGACGAAAUUCGGAAACGGUUUUGCUUCAUUAGCGAAUGAACGCUGUAAAGCCUAGCGUUCCCAGUUUCUUUGACAUAUAUACUUCCUUAAGGUCGAUAUCGGCUGGUUUCUUUCUUUUUAUCACUCUACUGAGUUGGGUACCUUUUUAUAGUUUAAUUUACUUGUUCUGGUUGUGUUUGCUUGUUUCAUAGCUGGGUCCAAGCGACCAACUCUGCGCCCCGAGUCAUUUUCCACCAGCGGUGUUCUGCUGCACGCUUAAGGAAAUGUCUGUUGUAUGGCAUCUAUAUGGCGGCCGGGACUUUGGUGGAUCAGUAUCACGUGACACCAGGAAGAAGUGAGUUAAGAUAACUUUGCUUUCUUAACUUAAGUGUGGAAAGUAUAUAUUUUUCCACCAAAAGAAAUAUUUUAAGACAAUUCUCACGGAGAUUCUUUGGGUUAGUAAAGAACUAAUCUAAAAAAAAUUGACCCUGAGAAAUAUUUACAGUUUCCUACUGCAACGACUAAGAGGCAAGUGUGUUGAAAAUUUUGAUAUUGAUUAGAUUUUUCUUGUGUGGAAUAGGUCGAAAGCAAAAUGCGACGUUAGUAAGCCGUCUUCCCUCACCUCGUCGACGGUUGAAAAACAAUUUUGUAAUUGAUAAGUUCUGUUUAUAGGAUAAGCUUUGCAUUGGAUGAAAGAGGACAGGCUGUGGACAGUUCCUUUGUGAAGAGACCCACAACGCUACUCACUAAAAACACUGCACCCGCGAGAACUGCAAACAAGCUCAGUGGAGGACCAAACAGAAACAACGAUGUGCUGAUGGAGUUUUAUUUAAACAAGGUGAGCAUAAGUAUCCUAACCAGCAUCUGUAAAGAGGCGCAUGGAUAGAAGUAACUGAAUGUUAUAGAGAAGGUGAGAGGUGAAAAUGCUUCAGGGAUUCACUGAGUGAAGCAAGGAGUAAAACCGAAAGAGUCGCCGUAGCUUGAAACUUCCUUACAGCUGAAUAAAAUGCACUAUUUUAAAAUUGCACUUUCGGAAUCCUCCUUAAGGAUUCAAACCUAAGUCAGUUCAGAUUUCGCCCUUGCGAAUGUGCUAUCAACGGACCGGACCAACGCUAUCCAGGAACGCAAGUAAGGAGGGGGAAACCGAUUCAGAUCAAGGGUAAUUCAGACCAGCAGAGGCAUUGCGUGACACGCCUGAGGCAGGAGUUAAACGUGGUCCACGUGCGAGAAGGGGACGCGAAAAAAAGGGACUUUUAUAUGUGCUUAUCCGCCUUUAGAUGCCUUCCUAUAGCAUCAAUGAAUCAGAACGUUUUAUAAUUUGUCAACUUUCCCUUUGCGUUCGCCUCGCGCUUUUCUCCACUCCCACUCAGGGAAAUUGCAAAAGAUUAUACCUGCCCCCAGGGGUGGGUUGAGAGCCGAGUGGAAAAUAAAGGACAUUGUUCCAUCUGGCUAACACUGUAUGUCUUUCUAAGAAGCGUCUUUUGGCGUUAGUCGAGUUUUCACAACAUGAGUGAAAUGACAUUGUUUGGUUAAGGUAGAGUGAGGCUAGCACCGAAUAAUUUUUACUUCAGCGGAGGGUAAAUAUUUGCGCCUUCUUUCCUUUAGAUUCGUCUGCAGUACGAGGAGUACCCCGAGGACACAGAACAGGCCUCACGGAUUGUAGUGCUCGUGCAAGAUGUUGAGAUCAGGGACCGCUUGGCACUUUCUCAGAUAAACAAGUUCCUAUACCAGUACACCUCUGAGGCCUGUCCGAAACAGACCCAUGCCAAUAUGGUAAGUAACCUGGCUCUUGGUCAUUAACAGACAUAAAACCUCGUCGGUGAUCAGAAAGAUCCGAUGCUGAGCAUGCCCCUGUUGGUUUAUUUCGAGGCGUAAGAAAUGUUUGUGAAUCUUUUUUUUUAAGACUUGAGGAUGAAAUUUACUGAAAUAAAAAGUAAGAAAAAAUAGUGGCAGAAAAGUCUAAAAAUGAUUUCUUUUUGUUGGAAAAUUAACUUUUUUUUCCAUUCAGAUCUUUCGUCAAAAAACUGAAGGCAAUGCUAGUUCGGGUUGCGUAGGAAAAUACCUUUGUGGUGGAUUCCAGUUGCUGGUCUUCUUCUUCGAAUAAGCACUAUAGACAUUCACCUUUCUUUUUUUAACAAUUUUCUCGUUUAGAUCCUGCUCAAGAUGCUUCAUAUUCGGCCUGAUCCUGGUCUCAAAGCACAAGAGUGUAAUCUGAGAGUUUCUAUACAGCCUCUGAGGCUAAAUGUUGACCAGGUAAAGUCAUGCAGUGCUCCUGAUCUACUGACGUCACCGUCACGCAAUCAGAGAAUGAGUAUGAAUACGUUGAAGGGUUUUCUUCUGUUUACGCAGCCGUUUAAUAAACAAGCGAUUAAAACGAAUCUUUCUUACUGAAAUGGCCUUCAAAACCUUUAUCUACGCUUAUUUGUGUUAUCUUCUUUUUUAAGGAUGCUUUAUUUUUCUUGAGGAAUUUCUUCUCAGAAGUCAUGGGAGAAGCUGCAAAAAACCCAAAAGGUACAUUUUUUAAUAUUUUCCCAAAUACCAGGAUGCCUAAUUUUUAACGGAAAUUAUUUGAGGAUUUGCAACCGUACAUGUUGGAGCAGAGUUCAAUCACUUGUUGAUGCCGACUUUGACCAAUUUCAUUCAGAAGCGUAGAACCUGUUCAAGGUUAUAAGCUUCUGCCCCCAAUCAAAGGAUUGGUUUAGUUUCACUCAAGGGAAAGAGCUUUUAGCCAUGUUGGUUCUGUUCUUUCGCUCGUCCGUUUCUGCAUUUAUCGUUCAUUUUUCUUUUUUUUCUUGGCCUUUGUUAGGAUCUAGUUCAGUUGAUUCCAGUCCUGUUAGGCCGCCCCCGUCUUCUGAGUGGUUAUUGGAGACCCCAGGCGCCGAAGAGACCCUGGUAGAGUCAGCAAGUGAGUCAGAAACAGACGCCCUCCAGCCAGCCCCUACCUUCUUUCGGUCCUUUAUAUUUUCUCCCGAGGUACCAAUUAGGUUGGAUUAUCAGGGAAAGAGAGUCGACAUGGAGCAGGUAAGAUGGGUUUGAUGUUUGAUGGGUCACAGAAAAUAAUCUUUAUGCUGGUUUGGUUUUGUUUGUAAGUUAAAAUCUCGUUUCAAGGAAGGUUCUUUUUUGAAUAUCUGUUUACAAUUCUGAAGUGGACACCUUUUUCUCGCCCCAAUCCCCCUAAAAGGCGGGAGAUUUGGGCAAGGAGAUAUGUCGUCGAGCGAUGAGCAAGCUGGACUCCGGAACUGGAAGCAGAACACAAGCCUUGGUUCGAGGUUUGGCCUGUAUCCUCAAGUUUUAUCCUUCAUCUCGAAGUUCAAACGGCUGCCAGCAGAACGUCAUAAAAAUGUGACGAAUUGUUCGGAGGUUUCUUACGAUGAACAAGAAUCGCCUUCAGUAGCAGUAGCGAUAUUCCCAUAUGCGUUCCACUGUAAAAACGGGGUAUCAGCUUUAAUGCUUAUACGACUUCGCUCGCCCUUUUUCUUGCUUACAAGAAUUCUUUUUCUCCAGGGCACCUUGGCCGGUCUGUUAAUCGGUCUUGGUCAGCUCAAUUGCUCUGAGCUGCGUCUCAAACGCCUGUGUUGUCGUAGCGGCUUGCUUGGAAUGGACAGAGUGAUCAACUACGCGUUGUCUGAGUGGCUUGCGGACAUAAGGAGCACCCAACUGCCUAGGAUACUGGGUGGAGUCGGUCCUGUGCACUCCUUUCUUCAGCUGUUCCAGGGAUUAGUGGACCUGGUAUGGCUGCCUAUUGAUCAGUACCGGCGGGAUGGGCGUGUCAUGAGGGGGCUGCAGAGGGGAGCCAACUCCUUCACUACUUCAUCUGCUAUGGCCUUUCUUGAACUGACUAACCGAGUGGUGCAGAUAAUACAGGUAAGAGGAAAUGUCCUAAGAAAUUUAACACUGUGAAUUUCAGCCAAAAGCAGGUGAGUUUGCUUAGCGUGUAGCUUUGAUGAAAACCUCAGAUAAUUUUUUCUUUAUCAAAAGAAAUGUGCUUACCACUAAAUUCAUCGAGACGGAAUAUUAUGUAACAGCACCUACUUAGCUCGACCUGGAAGUAUUUAUCUUUCAAAAUGUGACUCCCGCGGUGAACAACUUUAUGCAAAAUAAGCCCUUGCAGUCUCAAAAGGUAAAAUGCUGUUAUUAGUAAUAGUUAAAAUUCAAGCGGCAGACUUCAAGCUAUCACCCCCCACCCCCCCCUCCUUCCCAUCUUUUUCUUCCAAGUGAACCGUUGGCAGACGGAACUUUCGCAUUUACUUUGAAAACUAUCUCUUCGAUAUACUCUCGGAAUUAGUGGCCUCUCCAGUGUUUUCUUUAUUUUACUUAUCUUUUAAUCUAUUUACCCAUUUACUUAUUUUUGGGGUGAUUUGUUUUACUUUCAGUCCGCAGCAGAGACAGCAUAUGACGUAGUUAGUCCAGACUCCCCAGUGAAACGGGGCCAGAAUCGGCUGGCACAACAGCCGUUUGAUUUACGUGAAGGAGUAUCCAAUGCCUACCAAGUCUUCAGAGAGGUCAGAUAUAUAUUUUAUACACACUAAGAUUCCUUAUAGGAUCAUCAUCACUCUAUUUUACGAGCUCUUUCAAAUUUCAAGUUUAUUCCGGCCAUCUUAAUUUCAAAAUAUAGUUUGUGCGACUUAGAUUAUUAAUACCACUAGCAGUCCCUGCUUUCGGCGAAGUCCGUCGCGUGAGUUAAAAUAUGCAACACCUCUGAAUGACCUUUAAAAUACUGGGUAAUUUAGUAUUAUCAACUGAGUUGAUAACGUGAAUUGGCCACCGUAGAGAGUUUCAAAGCUGACGUUUCGAGCGUUAGCCCUUCAUCAGAGCGAUUGGAGGAAUUGUGGGUUGUGUGUGUGUUUAUGUGCAGAAAGUGGAGCUACGCUAUUGGUGGGAAUAUGACGACGAGAAAACAAGAAUUAAAAAUACUUUUUUUUAAAAAAAUACUGGUUCUUUGGUUUUCAGGGACUGGGUCAAACAGCCACAAACAUUGUUCAAGUGGCUAAAGAUGAACACGAACAGAAGGGAGUAACAGGUGCUGUGGGUGGUGUCCUGCGCCAGGUCCCAGCGACCGUAGUUCAGCCCUUUAUUCUGGCUACAGAGGCCACCUCUAGUGUCCUGGGAGGAGUCCGUAAUCAAAUCCUUCCCGAUGCUAGACGAGAGGCCGCGGAAAAAUGGAGAGCAAGCCCUUGAGAGUUAAAGCAUGUUGACGUUUUUAGAAUCUCUUCUUUAGUAGUCUAUUAUAUAUGCUGGUAGAUAUCUGGUCUGUUGGUCAGAUGAAGAAUGUCUGUUGGCAAAGCCUUAGACAGUUUAUUCGUUUGAUUACAAACUGUUCUACCCUUUUGUUUUGCACCUUUUACAAUUUUUAGUAUUUUAUUUCAAGUUCGUAGGAGGUCAAAUUGUAAAGGAAUAGUAGAAUUUAUUGGCUUCUUGUUUCCGUGUCUUAACGAUCGAUGAAAAAUUUUUAUGUUCUUAGGUCAUUACCUUUCGUAGUAGAGUGCGCACAAUAAGCACUUAAUGACUGGCCCCAAGGAAAUAAAGCUAACUGUUUCCCGUGGGGCCAGUUUCUAAAAAGUUUUGUCACACCUCCCAACUUCUCCUCCAAUCAGAAAACGAAAUUGAGUUCGGAGGUUUAACAAUAGGGACUAUUCAGAAAUUUGUGACGCUAGGCUUGGGCUACGGAUAAUCUCAGUUGCCUAGCAACUUUUUGACAUAAUUGCGGGCUCACUUUAUCUCAACAUUGUUCUUGAACAUGAAGUAUCGUAGUCAUUAUUUUAGGAUUGAAAUUCAAUUUUUUUUCUUUUAAUUCAGACUCUACAUUAGACGAUUGAUAACCUAGAAUCUAGCCGUUACUCGGUAAAAAUUCACUGUAGUCAUAGGUGUGAAUGUAAGUGUACACUUCAAAAGCCAAGGGAGGAAUUUGCGUUUUGUGUGUUGUCUUUAAGGGAGACAUUUAUUUAUCUGCGGAGGAAAGACUUGAUUCAAUGUCAGUAUCUGAACAGCUGCCCACCUACCCCUCCCUUAAUCCAUCAACAUUCAACUGAUAACAAGUUGGGAUUAAUGUUAGGUUAGGGGAGGGUAGGUGCGCUUGAUACUCAGAUACUGACUUUUAUCCAACAACUUAAUAGCUUUCUGUUUUUUCAAUGGGGUAGGAAAUUAUGCAAAUGUUUUUCUACCUGAAAACCUGUACAUGUAAAGAAACUGUACAGCCGUUUUAUAAUUGUAGGAAUAUGUUGUAUAUGUACAUCAUUUUCAGUAUUGUACAAAGGGGGCAGAUACUGUUUCGUUGCCUGUAGUUGUAUUGUACAUAGAUUUAAACUCACACUUGGCUUGUGCAAACGGGGAAGUAAUUUCUCUUAGUGAUACACCUAUUUUUGUUUUAGUAUGAGCUUUCGUAGCAGUAGAAGUUUGUUACUUUUUAAUUUUGCGAAGAAAGCUACUGAGUCGCUAUGUUCGUGCGCCAGUGAAAGAAGAAGGGUCAUAGAUUGCUUUCUGUUGUGAAUGAAAAA